AUAUACAUAAUAUUAUCAGUCUUGACAUAGCACAAAACAAGAGUAAAGAGAAGAAAAUAGAAAAUGGAAGUCUCAACUUUGAAGCCAAUAAUCAAAGUAGCAGCAUUGUGUGGUUCUCUUCGUAAAGGCUCCUAUAACUAUGGACUUAUUAGUUCUGCGAUUGAAAUGAGCAAGGAGUCAAUAUUCAAAGGGUUAUUAGAGAUAGAGUACAUAGACAUCUCGCCAUUGCCAAUGCUCAAUACUGAUCUCGAGGUCAAUGGGACUUUUCCGCCCGCCGUCCAAGCUUUCCGCCGGAAAAUUCUUGAAGCUGAUAGUUACAUCUUUGCCUCGCCGGAGUACAACUUCUCCGUCACCGCACCUCUGAAGAAUGCAAUGGAUUGGGCAUCUAGGCCACCAAAUGUAUGGGGUGACAAAGCUGCAGCCAUUGUGAGCGCCGGAGGCCAAUGGGGGGGCGGCCGAUCGCAUUAUCAUCUUCGCCAAAUUGGAGUUUUCCUUGAUAUUCACUUCAUCAACAAACCUGAGUUUUACUUGGAUGCAUUAACACCUCCUCAGCCAUUUGAUAGUGAUGGAAAUUUGAUUGAUGAACCCUCCAAAGAGAGGUUGAAGCAAGUUCUUCUUUCUCUUCAAUCAUUUACUUUGCGUCUCAAAGCAAAAUGAAUAUGAAGCCUUAUUAAUAAUUAAUUGCUGUGAAAUUAUGAAACUAGUUUGUCACUUUUAAGUUACUAUUUGAUUUCACAACAUUUUCUCUUAUAUUUGUACUAUUUUGAUAUAUAUGCUAUUAAUAUGAAAAUACUCUGUUUAUUAUUUUCAA